ACGAAAGACACCUAUGUCUAUGUUUUAAUUUUAGAUGAAAUAUUUUAAUUUCAACAAAUUGAUUUUUGCAAAUAUAUUUAUUAAUAGGCAGAUCUCAUGAAAUUAAAAUUACAAAAUGGAACAAAGUGUUGAUGUAUCUGAUACGGAGAAGAAGACAAAAUAUAGUAGAGAAUUUAAAGUUAAAGCUGCUUUUUUUCUCACUGGAGUUUCUGGAAUAGCGGCAUUAGCAGGUUUUGGUGCGACACUUGCUGCUGCCAGAAAACAAGACCCAAAAUACUUCGGAAAAGGAAUGUUAGCUACAAAAGAAUUACCUGAAACAGGUGCAAAUUUAGCUAUACGAGCACUUGGCUGGGGAACUUUGUAUGCUGUUACAGGUUGUGGGAUUUUAUUUUAUAGUGUUUGGAAGUUAUCUGGAGCAAAAAAUAUAGAAGAAUUCCGUUACAAAGUAGGGUCAAUAUGGCCAAAGAUACCAAAGAACGAUCCUCCCCAAGGUAGAACUGAGUUUAGUGGAUUAAAUGAUUUAUUAGAGUAUUUACAACAUCAAAAAGGUGUUAGAUAGCUUUAAUAAAAAACCUUUUUGAAUUAA